GCAAAGUCUGGCCUUCGUACCACAUGGCUUCACUGCAUGAGUUACCUAGUUGAGUUAUGAGGACGAGUUAGCAUCAUCUCGUAUCUUUUUAGCUAGUUGUCUGUUAGUUGGAUAAACCGACCAGAAACAUGUCGCAAUUACAAGCGAGGUUCUUUACAGAAAACAAAAGGUACAUUGUAGAUGACGUCCCGUUCUCUAUCCCAGGGGGUUCUGAAGUGCAAGACCUCAGCAAUGUCAUCAACAAGUUACUGGAGGCCAAAAAUGCAUCUCACAGCAAAGUGGAGUUCGACUUCCUGGUCAGGGGUCAGUUCUUACGAACAGCACUGUCCACUCACAUGGAAACAGAAGGCAUAUCGACGGAAGAGGUGGUUGAGAUUGAAUAUGUGGAGCGAAUCACAGCCCCCGAGCCUGAGGAAUGUAUGAUGCACGACGAUUGGAUCAGUGCUGUACAUGCAGAUGCAGAAUGGAUCCUCACAGGGUCAUACGAUAAGACGGCCAGAAUCUGGUCUGUAGAGGGUAAACCAGUGAUGACAGUAGCGGGACACACAGAGGUGGUCAAAGAUGUAACCUGGGUCAAAAGAGACGGUCUCACCUCUCUGCUCCUGACGGCCUCUCUGGACCAGACUGUUCUUCUGUGGGAGUGGAACUCUGAGAGGAAUAAAGUGAAAGCCAGACACUGCUGUCGAGGACACACUGGGAGUGUGGACACUGUUUCCACAGACCCCACUGGCACAAAGUUCUGUAGCGGCUCCUGGGACAAAAUGUUAAAGAUCUGGUCAGCAGUGCCCACAGAUGAGGCAGAUGAGGUUGAGGAACCUGGAGACAGGCCAAGAAAGAAACAGAAGACUCAGCAGCUGGGUCUGACCAGGACUCCGCUGAUGACGUUAUCUGGACACAACGAAGCUGUGUCCUCCGUCCUGUGGUGUGAUAGCGAGGAAGUUUGCAGUGCAUCGUGGGACCAUACGAUCAGAGUUUGGGACAUCGAGACGGGGGUGAUGAAGACUACACUGACCGGUAGUAAAGUGUUUAACUGUAUUUCCUACUCGCCUCUGUGUCGACGCCUCGCCUCAGGCAGCACCGACAGACACAUCAGACUGUGGGACCCUCGCACUAAAGACGGGUCGCUGGUGCUGCUGUCUUUGACCUCCCACACCGGCUGGGUGACCGCUGUCAAGUGGGCGCCUUUGCACGAACACCAGCUGGUCUCUGGUUCCCUUGACAACUUGGUCAAACUGUGGGACACCAGAAGCUGUAAAGCUCCUCUGUAUGACGUGGCAGCCCAUGAGGACAAAGUGUUUUGUGUGGACUGGACUGAAAACGGGCUGAUGUUGAGCGGGGGUGCAGACAACAAGUUGUACACCUACAGAUACUCAGCCUGUCAGACCGAUGCCGGGGCGUAGGCUCCAUGAGACAGACUGAAAAGCCUUCACAUAUUUUCUUAUUGCAUGUGUUUUUUUUUUCCCUGUAAACCAAGAAAACGAUAAAAUAAAUUUCUCACUUUAAAAGUUGUCUCAAGCAUAUAUUGAUUUUGAAGAUGCAAAAGAAGUCAAUGAUAUAAUUAAAAAAAACCCUGAAUAUUUCACAUCAGUCAUAUUAAAGUAUUUCUGACGUUUUGUUCAGUUUC